CUCUUCCUGCUCGCACCCGUCAUGGACCACCGCGCCUUCGUCCGCCCGAUCGCCGUCGCCACGGCGCUGCAGCUCCUCGCCGCGCUCCACGGGGCCGGGCCGUGCGUUACCACGGCCCGGCCGCUGGUGGGACGGCUGCCCGCGGCGGCCUCCCGGUCCCGGGCGACGACGACGUCCGCGCUGGCGGUGGCGCCGGCUGCCGCCGCCCAAUAUCAGCGGGGCGCGGCGGCUGGCGGCGACGAGGACGCGGCCGCCAGGGAGGGCAAGUGGCUGCCGUUCGCGGGCGCGCACCACCUUCCCGCGGCGUACUGGGCGCACAAGCCGGUGCCGUGGGCGGGGGUGGCGGUGGGCGCGUCCCCGGAGCUGGGCGCCGCCGGUGCCGUGGAGGGCGGCGGCGGGGAGAAGGUCGUGCGUGACCGGGACCACCACCGUCGUCACGGCCGGGAGUCGUACGUGGGCGACGAUGUGACGACGCGGCAGGAGCAGCUCGCCAUGUGGGCGUCGCUGCUCAACCCCAAGGGGAGAGGGACGCCGGCCACCGGGUGGUUGCCGGCGCCGGGGAUCGGCGAGGCGGCCGACGACGAGCCAGCCAAGGCGGCAGAUACUGUCCCUGUCGAAGGGGCGGAGGGGGAUGAACCGUCGGCCUCGGCCGGCCAGACCUACUGGGGCAACAACGGCAACUGAGAUGAACACCACGCUGCACGCUGCUGAUGUUUCGGCAAAAUAUUUCUUGGCCUGCGAAUUCGCUUUUUUUAUAAAUAAGAUAAAUAUAGUAUUGUUUUGCAAGUGAAAUUCUAAAAAUGCAGUGCAGUUAGCAACUGCAGGAUUAUCUUUU